UGAGACGCUCGCUGGUUAGGUUAGUGACAGCACUUGAUCGUUGUCACAAUACAGCGCAGGUUUGGAAAGCUGUUUUUACUUCCUCCUCAGAAGUGCAAAAUGAAUUCUAACUUGUUGAUCCUAACGUGUUGCUUAAGGAUCAUUACAUGCCUUGCUAUAGAUUCCACAGGCUCCGUAGCAGACAGAAGUAGAACAUUUGUCAGGAAAGAGGUAAAACAACAAUUUAACCCCAGAGUGAAAAGAGAUGUCGGCUCUACUAGUUCGUCAGCAGAGUUUUCCCCUUGCGUCUCACCCGUUUCAAUACAAGACUUCAAUAAACUGAAACAGAACACCAAUCAGCAUGCUUUUAUUGAUGAUGAUGGGUCCAGUGUUGUGCUGUCCUGGGUUGGUGAUGGAACAGGAAUCAUUCUGGUCUUGACUAUCUUCAAUGUACCAGUUACUUGGUUUUUUGACCAGGGUUCUUCACGACUAUAUAGAAGUGAGGACUCUGGGAAAACCUUUGAAGAUAUCUCCAAUGUCAUCAAGAACACCUACAUACGGAAAGAAUUUGGAAUCAAUGUGGGGCCAAGUAAUUCACAAAGGGUAAUUCUCACCGCUGAUGUAGCAUUGACUCGUGAGCAAGGAGGCCGAAUAUUUACAUCGCUUGAUUCUGGGAAAUCAUUUAAUUUUGUAGAUCUUGCUUUCCAUCCUGGCCAGCCAAUUGUCUACCACUCUUCAAACCCAGACUACCUGCUUGUCUCCAGCAUAGACAACAUUUUGUGGCUAUCUGUGGAUUUUGGGAAACACUGGACUAAAAUACAUGAAAAUGUGCAGGCUUUUUCUUGGGGGCCUGGCAUCACAAUUUUUUUCAGCACACAUCCCAAUGAUACACUGGAUGCUGAUCAAAGGGGAGAGUUGCUCUUGAAAAGAACAGAAGACUUGGGCAGAACAUUUAGUACUGUCUCCAACAACCUGUUCUCAUUUGGAUAUAUUGGGCGCUUUCUCUUUGCGUCGAUUGUGAAAAAACAGGGUGAACCCAGAGCUUUAUAUGUUUCUUCAGACCAGGGAGACACCUUCAAUCAAGCACAGUUACCCUUGGCUACAAAAGAACAGUUUUAUUCAGUGCUUGAAGCAGAUGAUGAUAUGAUUUUUAUGCAUGUGGAUGAACCAGGAGACACAGACUUUGGCAUGGUUUACACAUCUGAUGACCGUGGUGUCCUUUACUCAAAAUCACUGGAGCGUCACUUGUUUGCAGCCAGCGGAAAAAGUGACUUUACCAACGUAACCUCACUUCGUGGAGUUUAUCUUACCAACGUCCUUGAUGAAGAUGGCAGCAUUCGGUCUGUUAUAACCUACGACAGGGGAGCAGAGUGGAAUCCCUUAAACAAGCCAGCUGAUGUUAAAUGUGCAUCAGAUAGCAAGAGGUGCAGCCUUCACAUACAUGGGGAGUACAGCAUAUCUAAUCAGUUGGCACCUAUGCUUCCGCUUUCUGAUCCAAGCGCUGUUGGUUUGAUAAUUGCACAUGGUAGUGUUGGAGACGCCAUCACAGCAGUAAAACCCGAUGUUUACAUCUCUGAUGAUGGAGGGUAUAGCUGGAUGAAGACUCUGGAGGGCCCUCACCAUUACACCCUUCUAGAUUCUGGAGGACUCAUUGUAGCAGUGGAAUAUUACACAGACAUACCUAUCAAAACAGUCAAGUUUUCAACUGACGAAGGGCAGUGUUGGCAGUUGUAUAAUUUCACAGAUAAGCCAAUUAUCUUUGCUGGUCUGGCAUCAGAACCAGGGACCAAGACAAUGAACAUCAGCAUCUGGGGUUACAUGCCAGAGGCUGGUUACAGAGCCACAUGGGUUUCAGUCACUAUCGACUUUGAGCAGCUCCUGACAAGAGACUGUGAAGAUGAUGACUAUGUAAAUUGGUUAGCCCACUCCACAGAUGAAGGGGAUUUAGUGAAUGAUGGGUGUGUUCUUGGGUACAAAGAAACUUUCAGGAGGCUCAAGAAAAAAUCUGUCUGCAUAAAUGGAAGGGAUUACAUUGUAGAGAAAGAGCAGAACCCCUGUCUGUGCACCAAACUAGAUUACAUGUGUGAUUAUGGAUACUAUCGUCAAGAGAACAGUUCAGAGUGUGUUGAACAACCAGAUUUUAAGGACCGUCAACUUGAAUUCUGUUUACUAGGAAACGAAGAGCUGCUUAUGACAACAGGGUAUCGAAAGAUUCCUGGUGAUAAAUGUGCCGGUGGGUUUUCACCUAAGAGGACCGAGGAGCAGAUGAAUAAAAGAUGUGGAACAGCAGAACAAAUUCUAACUUCAAAAUCUAAAGAGACAACCAUUAUGCUUGCUGUCAGUGCUGUGGUUAUGAUGAUAGCAUUAGUCACAGGGGUAUUUCUAAUCGUCAGAAAGUAUGUGUGUGGGGGAAGGAUCCUAUCAUAUCGCUAUUCUUCUCUACGAGAAGAUGACGAUCGCUGUAUUGAUGGUGAACUGGUGGCUAAUGAAACAAAUGCUGGAAGAGGUUUUCGUGAUGACUCGGAUGAAGAUCUCAUUGAAUGACUGUCUAAAACCACGGAGUAAAGGGUCUGAAGGAGUUCUCCAGAGACUUUAAGCUGAAGAAAAACUUAGAGAUUUUCUUCCAAAUCAGUGUGCCUUGAAGUUUUCUGUCUCAGGCUGUACAUUUUAAUGUGACUUAUUUUAUAUGUGAUUGUUGCUUUUAUUUACAGCGUAUUUGGGUUUUAAAAAUAUUAAACAUUUUAAUUUAAUACAAAAACAGGUGAAGGGGUGAAAUUAUGUUUUAAAACUUUUUUUGCUGCUCAGAUAAAUAAUGAAGACGACUUCAUGUAUAAUUUUAUAUGAAAAUGUGCUUAAUGCAAAGCAGCAACUGAAUUAUAUAAACCAAAACUGUUUAAAAGUCAUCACUGGUAGCACAGUGAAGCUGGUUCCUCAAGUAAAUUCUCAUGGUAUAUUGCAGUGCAUUUAGUAGCGUUUGUUUGUGUUGAUUUUAAUAUGUACUUAAAUGUAAAAUGUGUAAAAUGUGGUGAAUAAUGUGCAUAUAAGCAUUGAUUGACUUAUGUACAGAAUUGGAAUUACGCAUCAUAUAUGGCAAUUGACCUUUACUUUACUUUAUUAAGCACUGAUACUUACUGCACACAGCCUUACUUUUCACGAUAUUUGCACUUUUUUUGUAAUGCUGUACAAUGUUGAUAAAACCAUUGUUGGCAAAUCAAUCUUGAAAUAUCUUUGCAAAAUAUAGGGGCAAAGCUUCUUUUUUUAGUUUGAAAUGAGUUGCAUUUUGGAUGUGUUUUGAAUGUGUUGUAAAAAUAGUAUGUAACAGCUGUAAACCGCAUGUUCUUUAAUCCACAGGAAAUGGUGUUAAUUGAUUCACAAAUAAAACAUCAACACAGCAUUAUAGUGUAGGUUUUUGGAAUAUUUUAACAAAGGCCCAAUCAGUCACAAUUUAAAUUAAAAAAUGGAUCGGAGACUUCCUUUAAUCUGAUUGGUCAAUACGAGGGCCUUAAUCUCCAGUAAAGGACCUUGAAUGUUAUCUUUCAAAUUGUGUUUAAUCACUGUACCAAAUCAAUGCGCCGGAAAAUAUGUAAAUACAGUAUUUGUGUAUUUUACCUUUUUUCUGCUUGAUAAAGAAACUAUUGGUUCUUGUACACGC